CCUGCCCCCAUGGCGCUCAUCCAAACAAGCCUGAUCUGGGUGGCCUACGCUGUCGCCCUGGUCCUUCUGCUUGCCAUCGCGUCUACUUUCGUCUACAUCUACCAAGCUCCGAGAGACCGCGCCGCGUCCGUUACUAUAGUAUGCAUUUUCACCGUGAGCGCGUUGCUCGCGACGGUGCUGCUCAUGCCCGUCGACAUCGCCCUCGUCUCCUCCACCAACAUACCCAGCCAAGGCAGGAGGAAGAAUUGGGCCACUCCCAACCACGUCGACCACAUCGUCUAUACUCUCGAGGUGGUCUACUACACGUUGUACGCGCUCGACGCGGUCCUGUGUCUGCUCGUGGUUCCCUUCACAUACUUCUACUACGAGGAGUACGACCCGGAUGCGGCUGAAACCGGAGACCAGACGCUUGGAAGCAGGCUUUGGGGUGCUUUCAAGUAUACCAUUGCCUUCCUCAUCUUCGUAGUAGCCAUAUUCCUCGUUGGGUUCUUCGUCCCGUUCGCAAGACAGGCUAAACACGGCAGCCUCCCGGACUUGGACUUCUUUAAGCACUUGUUGCAGGAGAACCAUGGAGAACGCGCCUUGACCUUUGCAUUGGGCCUGCUCAUGCUCAUCGGGACCCUCAUCUAUGUCCUCUAUACCGGCGCUGGGCUCGCCCUCCUCCCCGUGGCCCUAAUCAAAUCUGCUCCAUCUAUUUCCGCCCCGACUCUGGCCGCAAACACAUCCUCACAGCUUGAGCAGAACAGAGAACGUCAGAGGCAACUGGAAGGUCGCAAUGAAGGCCGAGAAGGCGGUUUGGAUGCCAGGGACAGGCGCGAAUUGGAAGCUCUUCUCCGUGAAGAACGCACACUUAUCCGCCGUGAGCGCUUUGCUACCGAGUCCAGCGGUGAAGACCGUCACUGGAUCGUCAAAGCCUGGAUCAAAACCGAAGCCGUCUUCCGGCCACUUAAACUCCUCGGCGGCCUCGUGCUCAUGAUAAUCGCCCUACUCAUCUUCACUAGCAUGCUCGUCACCAGCAUUGAUAAAGCCAAAAACUCUAUAUGCAAAGCCAAAUGCGGCUACAUCCUCGGCUACCUCAACAUCUUCCAACCCGUAAAUUACAUCUUCGUCAAAUCCUCUAAAGUCUUCCCAAUCGACUACGUCCUCUUCCUCCUGCUUGUCCUUUUCUUCUUCAGCGCCUCUGUCGUCGGCAUCGCCACCGUCGGCAUCCGCUUCCUGUGGCUUACACUCUUCAAAAUCCGCAAAGGCCACACCUCCCCACAAGCCAUGCUCAUGGCAACCGUCAUGCUUACACUCAUGGUACUCGCAAUUAACUACUCCAUCGCGAUGGUCGUCGCACCUCAAUAUGCUACUUUCGGCCCGCAAACGUUUUGUGACCGCGACCCGCGACACCCGGGCGAGCAGCCAGAUUGCUCCAAUCAUCGCAGUGCCAUCAAACCAUGCACGGAAACCACCUCGAACAGCGGGGCGAAAGAAGUCUGCACCCCCAGUGUCGUUAGCACUUUCAUCAACCGUGUAACGCUCAAUUUCCCAUUCUUCGGCGUGGUCUUGUUCUGGGCGCAGUUUGCCUUUUUGGGCGUGUAUUUGGUGGUGUGGUUGACGACGUUGUUUAAGACGCCGAAGAUGGAUCAUGAGCAGAUGGAUGCGGAUUUGGAGGAGGAGGAGGAGGAGGGUUUGUUGGCGAGCACGGGGAGGAGACUUGGGGCGACGUGGGGAGAUAUUACGGGGAAGGCUAGGAAGGGAAAUGGGAAUUAUGGGGCAACGGAAACGAAUGGAGAACAUAGCUGAGAGGCCUGAUAGUUGUGUGGGUGGAUGGGGUUGGAAUGGAUGGUAAAGAUUGAUUAGGCUCGGAAGCGGGUUGGAGGUUUUUGAAACACAAAGCACAUGUAUAAGUGUCAAUUGGGGCACAGCUAGUACAAGCAUGGAAAAGUUUCGGUUUAUCGGUUCGGUUUGGUUUUGGUUGACAGACUUGAUUUGAAAGCAUAUGAUACCUCUUGGUAGGCUACCGGCGUCAAAAGGACUGUCUCCGUACUGUAUAUGAUAAGCAUGUCUUAACAGCAAUAAAAUUGAUUUACU